GUGACCACAGAGCAUUUCUACAGAGAUCCCUCUGUGGGUGAUCUAAUCAGUGUGGUGUGGGGCAAUUUCCAAAGACAAUAAGAACAUCUCUUCUGCAGACUUGGGAGGGGAGAAGACAGACAUCAGUGUGGUCUCAGGCUGCAGCACCAGAUAAUCAGUUUUGUUCCAGAUAACCAUGGAUAUUGAAGCAUAUUUUGACAGAAUUGGCUAUAAGAACUCUAGGAACAAACUGGAUCUGGAAACAUUAACCAGCAUUCUUCAGCAUCAUAUCCGAACCAUUCCCUUUGAGAACUUUAACAUGCAUUGUGGACUGCCCAUGACUAUGGGCUUAGAAGAUGUUUUUGAGGAUAUUGUAAGGAAGAACAGGGGUGGAUGGUGUCUCCAGUCUAAUCAGCUUCUCUACUGGGCUCUGACCACAGUGGGUUUUGAGACCAGAAUACUGGGAGCAUACGUUUAUAUCCCUCCAGUCAGCAAGUAUAGCAGCACAAUGGUUCACCUUCUACUUCAUGUGACCCUCGGUAACAAAAACUACAUUGUUGAUGCUGCAUUUGGCUGCUCCAAUCAGAUGUGGGAGCCUCUGGAAUUAGUUUCUGGAAAGGACCAGCCUCAGGUGCCUUCCAUCUUCCGACUAACAGAAGAGAAUGGAGUCUGGUACAUGGACCAAAUCAAAAGACAGCAAUAUGUGCCAAAUGAAGAAUUCGUUGAUUCUGAACUCCUUGACAAAAAUAAAUACCAAAAAGUCUAUUCUUUUACUCUUGAACCUCGAAAAAUUGAAGAAUUUGAGUCAGUGAAUAGUUACCUUCAGGAAUCUCCAACCUGUGUGAUGAAGAACACAUCAUUUUGUUCUUUGCAGACCUUAGAAGGUGUUUAUGUUUUAGUGGGCUACACCCUCACCUAUAGAAAAUUUAAUUAUAAGGACAAUGUAGAUCUGGUAGUGUUUGAGACUCUGAAAACAGAAGAAAUUGAAGAAGUGCUUAAAACUAUAUUUGGUAUUUCUUUGGAGGGAAAAUUUGUGCCCAAACAUGGUGAACAGUAUUUUACUAUUUAGAAGCAUGACCAAAAGAGGUGUUUAAGGCUAAUUCAGGUAAUUAAAUUUUAUUAUGGUAAAAUUCAAAUGUGUGAAAAAGGUAGAUAAAUGAACAAUGA